AUGGCACACCAAUCCGUUCUGCAGUUCCGGGUUGGCAAGAGCUUUGCAUGGCGGGUGCUUGAUAUUGAUGGCUACAAGACCGAGGGGAAACGCGGCAUCCCCCACACAAUGUAUGUUACCCAUGAAGUGAAGAGCAGCCGCGCUGGAUUAGACAAAGCGAAGGACCAGCUACGAGUCCGUGCGGGAUUCCUGGAUGCUAUGGCUGUGAUGAUGCAGCUUCCACACGGAAUUAAGGUUCACACCGUGGCCGCCAUCAUCAUGCGUCAAGCAGGGGACAUCCACGAUCAAGCGGGCGUCCCUGUCAGCCAAUCCUCGACCGACGAAUUUGAGAAAAUUAGUGAACUCUUUCUGACCAUUGAUUACUUCCGCCUUUGA